AGAUUUUGCAACAACAGUCAAAAACCAGAGUUCGUUCUUCGCCGGCGGCGGCAAAAAUGGCGAGAUUUUGCUGUCUCCAAUUUCCACUUCCCCAUGGAUUCUCUACUAAAGCUUCAACUUUAACUUUCCGAUUCUCAAAGCUAAGUUUCGUUCAAUACAUAUGUUCAUCCUCCUCCUCCUCCUCCUCCUCCACUUCCUCAACCUCAAUUCAGUCUUCUGAAAACCUAACCUCCGUAAUCGUCGAAGAAGAUAAAUGGGAAGCUUUCCGCAAAAAGAGAGUUAUAAUGCAAGUCGGUUACGUUGGCACCAAUUACAGAGGUUUACAGAAACAAACAGAUGAACAUUCGUUAUCCACUAUUGAGAAGGAAUUGGAAAAUGCUAUUUUUAAGGCUGGUGGAAUACGAGAUAGUAAUUUUGGGAAUCUUAAUAAAAUUGGGUGGACUAGAAGUAGUAGAACUGAUAAAGGAGUUCAUUCAUUGUCUACAACAAUAUGUUUAAAGAUGGAAAUUCCUGAGAGUGCUUGGAAAGAUGAUCCAAAUGGCAUUACACUUGCAAAUUAUGUGAAUGUUCAUCUCCCUAAUGAUAUUAGAGUCUUCAGCAUUUUGCCUUCACAAAAGAGUUUUGAUGUUAGACGAGAGUGUAACAUUCGCAAGUAUUCUUACCUCCUUCCUGCUGAAAUAGUGGGAAUAAAGAACAACUUCACCACAUCUGAGAUUGAUUAUCAUCUCUCAGACCUAAACAACAUAUUAAAUUCCUUUGAGGGGGAACAUCCUUUCCAUAACUAUACAAUACGAUCCAAGUAUAGAACACGGGUUACUGCAAAAGAAUAUGCCAGAAAAGAUUUAAGAUCCAGUCACUCCAAUGCCAGCCCGCAGGAUGCAAUUGAUGGAGAAGAAGAGAUCGAGACAGAAAAUCACAGUUCAUCGUCAUCAAUUAUUUCCGACGACGAUGAAAUUACAGAGCAUAUUGAGCAGGGAAACGACUUGAAAGCCAAGGAACCUCCUUCAACUGUGCUUGCCAGAUGGCUCCAUGAACCUGAUGAAAACGACAGGAUAGGUGCUGCCCAUUUCAGAAAGAUUUUCCGAUGUUGUGGACAGCUGGAGCAGUUACACGGGAUGAACUAUAUAGACAUCUCCAUCUUCGGAGAGUCGUUUAUGUUGCAUCAGAUCCGUAAGAUGGUUGGGACUGCUGUGGCUGUGAAGCGUAAUUUGCUCCCAAGAGACGUUUUGAAGUUAUCGUUGGCCAAAUUCUCGAGAAUCGUAUUGCCCUUAGCCCCUCCAGAAGUCCUUAUUCUAAGGGGAAAUAACUUUGUCUUGAGAAAUAGACCUGGAAAUCAAACGAGGCCUGAAUUGCUACCGCUGCUAGAAUCUAAAGACGUUUUAGAGGCAGUGGAUGGAUUCUAUAAGUCUGUAGUGUUGCCUGAGUUCUCGAAGUUUCUAGAUUAUUCAAAACCUCCUUGGGAGGAUUGGGUCGAGAAACUUGACAUGAAUGUUGGCAUUCCUGAAGAAGAACUAGAUCAAGUUAGAAGAGCUUGGGAUGUCUGGAAUGAGAAAUUUGAGCAUCGAAAGUUGUCUGCUUCUGCUAACGAGGUUUAGUCAACAAGGGUUUAAACGAACCUUAUUAUCAUUGGUUUAACAAAAUUAGGAGAACCAUCUAAAAGAGAGACUAGAGAACAACAUAGCCAGCUCCUCAAGAUUGAAAAUGAAAGAUAAUAGAGCGAAAUCGAACCUACAAUAAAAAGAUCCAAAUCGAGGACUUUCGGUUAAAGAGGAAAGGGUUAUGCAAACCAAUGGGGGCGAGUUGAUUAAUUUGAAUCUGAGAAUGUUUGGUGAUUCUUUGUAGUUCAUUAUUGAUUACAACCUUUUGUUCUUGGGGGUUGUUAUAAUGCAUGAUGUUGAUACUUUUCUUAUUACUCUUGUUUUUACUUUUCCUUAUAGUUUGUAUUGAAAAAUGA